GACUGGAAAAUAAAAAUCUUUUCUCAGAAACGAACAAACGCGGGUUUAACCCUAUUUUAAACUAUUUUACCCACGCGGGAUUAAUGUUUAUUGAUUCCCGUUUAUUUUCCCCUCACGACGCAUGUUCGCGGUAAUAUCGCGCUCGGUUAAUAAAAGCAUAUUUUCGGUAACUACGAGGUGGAACUUAAGAUUUGUAUAUUAAUUUUUUACGUUAGCGUAAAUUCCGCAAUGGCGGAGGGAGUCGCAGCCGCUGCCGGAGCUGGGGCCGACGCAAACACAGCUGGAAACCCGACAGAAGUCGCUAUGGCAUAUUUACAGGACGAGAAGACUGAUGCAGACAUGGCUAGCCUGAAUUUGGGAGAGCUGGAUAUCACCACAGAUGAGUUUAUCCUGGAUGAAGUGGACAUUCACAUUCAGGCCAACCUGGAAGACGACCUCGUGAAGGAAGCGCUCAAAACGGGUGUCGACCUCCGUCAGUACUCCAAACAGGUGGAGGCAGAACUGCAGAGGAUUGAACAGGCCUCCAUCAAAGACUACAUCAAGGAGAGUCAGAACAUCGCUCUCCUGCACAACCAGAUCACUGCCUGUGACUCCAUACUGGAGCGUAUGGAGGGCAUGCUGAGCGGCUUCCAGAGUGACCUGUCCUCAAUCAGCAGCGAGAUCCAGACCCUGCAGCAGCAGUCAGUCAGCAUGAACGUCCGGCUGAAGAACAGGCAGGCCGUCCGCAGCCACCUCAGCCAGCUGGUGGAUGAGCUGGUGGUGCCCGGUGCCAUGAUCUCCACCAUCCUGGAGAGUCCCGUGACCGAGCAGGAGUUUCUGGAGCAGCUCCACGAGCUCAACACUAAGAUCAACUUUGCCAAAGAGCUAAGCUUCAGAGAGACGCUGGCCUGCGCCGACAUCCAGGACAUCGUCGACCGCCUCAAACUCAAGGCGGUGUCAAAGAUCAGAGAGUUCAUUCUUCAGAAGAUUUACUCCUUCAGGAAACCGAUGACCAACUAUCAGAUCCCACAGAACACUCUGCUGAAAUACAGGUUUUUUUACCAGUUCCUUCUGGCUAAUGAGAGAACGGUCGCAAAGGAGAUCAGAGACGAGUACGUGGACACGAUGAGCAAGAUUUACUACAGUUACUUUAAGUCGUACAGCGGCAGGCUGCUAAAAGUGCAGUAUGAAGAGGUGGCAGACAAAGAUGACCUGAUGGGAGUGGAGGACACAGCCAAGAAAGGCUUCUUCUCUAAACCAUCUUUGAAGAGCAGGAACACUAUAUUCACUCUGGGCCAGAGGGGGGCCAUACUGAGUCCGGCCGAGCUGGAGGGGCCCAUCCUAGUUCCACACACGGCUCAGAGAGGAGACAGCAGGUAUCCCUAUGAGACGUUGUUUCGCAGCCAGCACUAUGCUCUGCUGGACAACGGUUGCAGAGAAUACCUCUUCCUGUCCGACUUCUUCAUGGUGGCAGGAAACUCUGCCCUCGACCUUUUCAACAGCAUCAUGGGAAAAACUCUCAGCAUGUUCCUGAAGAGCAUGUCCACCUACGUGUCCGACUGCUACGACAGCAUCGCCAUCUUCCUGUGCAUCCACAUCAUCCUCAGGUUUAGAGCCAUCACGGCCAAGAGGAACAUCCCCGCUCUCGACAAGUACUGGGAGGCGGUGCUGGAGCUGCUGUGGCCGAGGUUUGAGCUCAUUCUGGAGAUGAACAUCAGCAGCAUCAGAAACACAGACCCUCAGAAACUGGGAGUACUGGACACCAGACCGCACUACAUCACUCGCCGUUAUGCAGAGUUCUCUUCAGCCAUCGUCAGCAUCAACCAGACAUUCCCCAACGAGAGGACCAACGCUCUGCUGGGACAGCUGCAGAUUGAGGUCGAAAACUUUGUGCUUAAGAUGGCGGCAGAAUUCCCCUCGAGGAGAGACCAGCUCAUCUUCCUCAUCAACAACUACGACAUGAUGCUCAGCGUCCUCAUGGAGAGGGCAGCAGACGACAGUAAGGAGGUGGAAGGUUUUCAGCAGCUGCUGCUGGCGAGAACGCAGGAGUUUAUCGAGGAGAUUCUCUCACCGCCCUUCGGGGGGCUGAUCGCCUUUGUGAAGGAGGCCGAAGCGCUAAUGGAGAAAGGGCAGCUUGAGCGACUGAAGAAUGAUGAAGCUCGAAUCACUCAGCUGGUUCGGGGGUUUUCCAGUACAUGGAAACAAUCGGUGGAGGCGAUGAGUCAGGAUGUCAUGAGGUCCUUCACCAACUUCAAGAAUGGAACCAGCAUCAUCCAGGGGGCCCUGACCCAGCUGAUCCAGUACUACCACGGCUUCCACAAGGUCCUGAACCAGCCAACGUUCCGCAGCCUGGCCGUCCGCUCCGAGCUCAUCAACCUGCACCACCUCAUGGUUGAGGUCAAGAAGCACAAACCCAACUUCUAACAUUUUCUGCAAAGUUUGGAAAGCAUUAAAAAGACUUCUUUUGUCUCCAGAUGAAGGAGUCGUAUCACAGAUCAGAGAGGGGCGGACUGCCUCACUGAAUGUUUUUUUUUUUUUUUAAAUUCCAUGACUUUAUAAACUUUAACAAAACCAACAAAUCUUGGACACACUUGGUCACUUUGUUGCUGACAUUUUGACUCUCAGACCUUUGUCAGGUGAAGUAUUUGAUCAGUCUUGCGCUAACAGUGUGUGCAGGGUUCUUUGGCUUCUGUUGCUGUCUAAGUAAUCGAGUUGAAUGAAGAAUAAAACUGGAAUAAUAGUGUUUCCCAGAGGUUUCCAGUAAAGCGCCGAGAAAACACUCCUUAAUGGACCAACGGUUCUUGGUCUAAAUUCUUUUAUCAUGAAACACUGAACAGGCUUUUCCUUCACUGCUGGUUAUUUAAAGCGAGACUGUGUAGCUUUCAGUAAACAGUGACAGCUUUAAUCACCCAGAUUCAGUUCAGCUCUUUGCAGGAGUCUGAGUUGUUUCAAAGGGUGCUCAGUCUUGCUUUUAACUUCAGUGAAAGGAAACACGUUUGUUAUGAUUUCUAACACUGUACCGAUCACACAGGAGGAAUUCUUUGGAACGUGUUACUUGAAAAAACUGAGCACUCAACUCAGACUGACGGUUAAAGGAUUAAACUUUCCUUCGUGUCAACAAAUCCCACAUUUCGACUGAAACCAUCGGCGAUCAGUCGAAACGUUCUCACUUCCCCCUCUGUCAGCCCACCGGCUUCAUUAUAAAUAUGAACAGUAGCUGCGUUUAGACUUCAGCAGGUCUGUUUGGUUCAAAGUUUCCACCUGAAAAAUGUAGUCAACAGAGUCAAAAACUGCAGUACCUCUAAUGUCCACUUGAGUGUGACUCCCAACAGUGAGUCAGUCCCUGUUUACAGAAACUGCUUUGGUCUAAUUUCACCCUUCAUAACAGCUGCAUGGGGGAAGAUGUUUUUAUGAUUCACCUGUUUGAAUUAGAUUAAAUUUGCAUUAUUAGGGGCGUGGCCUCUUUGACAGGUGGAUGGUGACACAGCUGCUAGCUUUCUGCUAGUCUUCACUCAGCUAACUGGAGUCCCUGAAUUGGACCUGUGGACUGUGUUUAUGCUACUUGACCAAUAAUACGGCCGCUGAUGAGCAGACAUCGAAUUUCAGCUGCAGAUGAAUCCACAUUUGGGAGCAGGAGAGUGUUUUAAUACAUUUAUUGGUGGUUUUGGUCUUUUUAAUGGGAUUUGAUGAUAAAAGGGUCCUUUUUGAAGACUCACUCCUUCAGUUUGGUGAACACCACGGAGGGAGUGUGUGUUCAUGCUGUUGUGUGCCUUUGCUCUUUAAUCGAGCUGUACAGUCAUUGUGUUGGUGUUAUUUGUGUGAAUCUGUAUGUGAAG